GCCCGGGGGGAGCGCGCACCAACUCCCGGUGCCGGGGACCCCGCGCCCUUUGUGGGAGAGGGCUGCGCUGUUUCUCCUGCGUAAGGAGGGGGGAAUAAGCCCCCAACGCGUGUCUGUGUGAGCUCGAUAUGCGUAUGUUUUUAAUGUGCCGGCGCCCGCGAUGACCCUGGUGCUGCCCAUGCAGCGGCUGGGCCGCCCCAUCGCCGCCGAGGGAGCCGCCGACCUCGCCGCCUACCGCGCCCUCUGGGAGCCGCCCUGCUGCGGCCGCCCCGGCCCCGCCGCCCCGCCGGCCCCGGCCCCGGCCCCGGCGGCCCCCGGUUCCCCCGCCGCAGGAUCACAUUACAGGGGAAUUUCAAAUCCUGUAACAACAUCCAAGAUCACAUACUUUAAAAGGAAAUAUGUGGAAGAAGAGGAUUUUCAUCCGCCACUCAGCAGCUGUACACAUAAAACAAUCUCCGUGUUUGAGGAGCGGGCCCAUAUUCUCUACAUGUCUUUGGAAAAGCUGAAAUUCAUUGAUGAUCCUGAAGUCUACCUGCGCAGAUCCGUCCUCAUCAACAAUCUCAUGAAGAGAAUCCACGGAGAGAUCAUCAUGCAGAACAACUGGUGCUUCUCCACCUGCUCCUUCACUGGCACCUCCCCACAAGAGUGGUUUGUGCCUCAGGACUGCCCAUACAGAAAACGCCUUCGGAUGGCAAAGGAGGAGUACGAGAAGCUCCACAUGUGCUGCUUCUAUCAAGAAUGUGGCAGUCACUAUUUAAAUCUACCCUACUCUGUUAAUGCUAGUACUGAAAGUAAUUCCUCUUCUUCUUCCUCCUCCUCCUGCUCCUCCUCCUGCUCCCCUCCCAUCUCUUUGCCAAGCUGUUCCCAGCAGGUGGAUUAUGAAGUUGGCAGCGCACCUUCUUACAGAAAUGAUGACCAGAUACCUGCUAAUGAAAUAUUCAUCACUAAUGGCAGGUCUCACAGUAAUCAGGAAAAGGCAAAAUUUAAUGACAAGAGUGGAGGGAAUGAACCUGAGAGAGAAAGCAUCGCCCUAAACUGUGAACCUGUAAGAGGCACCCAUGCUCUUGAAUGUAAAGGCAAAUUUUAUGACUGUUUUGAGACUGGAUGUAAUGACAAGAGCAACGUAAGUGAAUCUUGGAAAAAAUCCUUAAGGAAAAAGGAAUCUUUACCAAGUAAUAAAAUCUGCUGCAACAAAGGAAGUAAAAUAUGAGGCAUCUUUCUUGCUCUAUUGAAGCAUGCACAGCAUGUUCCUUCUCUAUCAAAUUUUUAUUUUGAACGGAUUUUUUAUAGUUUUCUACGAAUGGUACAAUCAUGCCACAAACGUGACGUGUAGAGCGGAGAGCAGAUUGCGUAAAGUGUCUCUGCCACCCGCAUCAGCAGCUAUUUAUGAACGUGGGGACUUCAGAAAGAACACAGUUGCAUUGCUGCUGAGCACUGUAGUCUGUGCAGCUAUGGUGGAGCUCUCGUUGCUGAAAAUGCCAAUCAGCCAGAUGGGGAAAACAUAUCGUUUUACAUAUCCCCGCCCCCAAGAAGUCUGCCAUUAAUUAAGAAGAACCUCCAUUAUGUUUACCAAGGAAUUAGAAGUCUGGUAAACAAAUUGAUGCUACCAGCAAGGAUGAUGUGCUCCUUGUAACUCAGUAUUCAUUCUGACAAAGGACUGUCUUCAUGGAUUGGGAAUAAACCAUCCUUAUGUUUUGUAGUGAUACUCUUGAAUUCCUGUAUUCAGCGUCUCGUUCAACUGACAAAAUAGGACAUAGCAUAAAGAAAUAACCUGUUUAUGGAAUCUCAAUCAGAAUCAGACAUGCAGCUCAAGUACUUGCAUGUUUUCACCUCGGCUGUAAUAACUAAUGAGGUUUGUUGUUACACAGAGCAGGUUUUUUUUUGGUGCCUUACUUUUUGUCUUAAUUUUUGCCAGUGUGAAAAUUAAGUAUGAAUCUGAUACAGCAGGGAUUUAACCUAAACAGAGAUUAAAAAAGAAACCCACAGGGUGGAUCAAUAUUAUUAGAAACCUUUAACCUUUGAAGUACUGAGUUCAACUUCCUAUUCAAACAUCUCUGUUCUUCCUUUUUGAUGCUCAAUUGCUUUUUGAUUUGCCAUCCUUAGGAAGGGAUUUAAGAAACAAUAGAGAGAUGUCUCUUGUAAACAAGCAUUCGAUGCUUGAGUGUUUCUAUGGCAACUGUCUGUUGCUGGGGCUCUUUUUUUUUCUUCUUCGUAUAAUGAAGUUCAUGACCCAGUGGCAUGUUUUAUACUUUAUUCUGUUUCACAUAAUUUCUCUAUUUUAGAUUGCAAAAGCAUGCGGGAGUUUUCUAUGACUUUUGCCGUUGAUUUAAAAAAAGACAAGAAGGCAAAAAGCACAAUGUUAAUUAAUAAUGUGGCGAUAAAUGCAGUUUUAUCUGAAUGAAUGUAAGGGGUUUAAUUUUAAAAAAGAACAUUUUGGAGAUUUCAGCGGCUGAGGACAACAUUUAGCCAUCCCUAGGUAGAUUGAUUGCAAAGGUGUGCUGUGUAAAAUGCCCAGAAGACAUUAGUUGGGGUUGGACCAAGAGUGAGUCUUAGAUUCCCCAAAUUAAUUAGUUCCCACAGUCCCCAUAACAACUGGCAGGAUGUGCUCAGCAAAAUAGGCACACCCAGGCCACAGCUGACUCAUAAAUAGCUGCCUGUUCCCACAGCAUCUUGCACUGAAGUGACAUCUCCGCUUGCUUCUUGCCCCAAGGGUGAAAAUCACCUCUGUGCUGGGGGAGCAGCCAGCUCAGUGCAGGGCAGGACACAGCCCCAGGCCUGGCACUGGAGCCACACAGGUCUCUGGGUUUGACACCUCCUGCUUUGGGUUUCAUGGGUUCAGCUGCAGGAGUCCUGGGCCAUGGUUAGUUUGGGUUGCAAAAUACAUUUGCAAACUGUAUGGUCGUUUUCAGAAAGCCCAGUGGUCACAGGGAAUAGCUACCCCCCAGCCAAGGUGACCAAAAGCACAACAGGAUAUAAAUCAGUGGUAACCUUUAUGAAGUCAGGUGAGUUUAAACUGAUAAGUUUGUAAGGGUUAUCAUUGGAAAAAAUGACAAAUAAAGAAAGUACAAGUCCCACCUGAUUUCUCCAAGACAGAAGCUUUUUUAUUAAUAAUAAUAAUAUUAAAUAUAGAUCUCAUUCAUACAGUGUAUGAGUAGGAUCAUCAUUUAGACAUUUGUCCACAAGGACCAAUUUUUUAAAAAACCUGAUUUUUCUUGUGUUAUAUCCAGAUAGUCUAGUAAUGUCUGCUCUUUUCCAAUAUUUGAUAAACGCUUGAUGUUUUAAGCUUAAAUAUUAGAUGCUUGUAUACUAACGUGUUGUUGUAGUAAAGUGAAAUUUCCUUGAUAUAUAUUUAUUAAAAUGACCAAAAUUCA